UUCAGACAAAGGAAGGUAGAAAACUAAAUCUAAGGGAAUCGCAUAAACUCAAAAAGGAGCAGGAUCGGUUGCGUCGAAAGAAUCAGGAAAUGACAGAACACCGUUGAAACCAGUAGAUAACCAAUUUAAAUGGAGAGACACAAGAACAGAAAAUCAACUGUUUUCUCAUUUCAAUUCCAACCAAUUGCGACACAAAUUUUCAACAAUGAUGAACAGAAACAGAAAAAUAGAUCUGCCGACCGGUACCUUUAUCUUCCAAGGAAAUCUAAAUUGAGGAAAGUACUCUAUACACAAGUUCCUGACACGAAUGAUCUGGGACGAGUAUUAGAAAACGAUUGGCUUGUGUCUCCACCUGAGGCAAUUAUAGCAAUUACAGGAAUAAGUCACCAGUUCAACAUAAAAGACAAGCGCAAUUUGAAAAAAGAUUUAAUUGAGGCUGUCAUAAGCACUGGAUCUUGGAUUGUUACUUGUGGUACAGAAUCCGGAGUUGUUCAGUUCAUCGAAGACGCUGUUAAUGACCAUGUUGCAUCGACAACUUACAAUAUUCCAAUAGUUGGACUGUUGUCAAAAAGAGUAUUAGAUGAGAUUAAACCCCUUAAACGAGUUUUAAAAGUAAAGACAAACGAUAACGGAGGAAGGAUUAGAAUUCGUACCAAUUCAACAAAAGAAACAUUAGAUCCAAAUCAUACACAGUUUAUUGUCCUCGGUGAUCAAGGAAGAAAACUUCAAGGAGGUUGUGCUUUGUCUGAAUGUAGGAAUGCUUUCGAAAGUUUCUUAUCGAAUAUCAAAUAUGCAGAUUUCGAUACCAAAAAAGAUAAAGAGCCUAACAUAACAAAAUAUGACACGCAAAGCAAACACGCUCAGUGUGAAACAUUAGCUGUUGUAUUAGUACUUGUUGAAGGAGGUAUUGAGGCAAUGAAAACAGUUUCGAGCGUACUGGCAAACAACAAACAUGUUGUUGUAAUCAAUGGAUCAGGAGGAGCAGCAAAUUUCCUAUCAACGUGUUAUCGACGAGAUACUAGUUUUAAAAGGGAGGGCAACCCUGAACCAGCAACAUUGUCCGAUUAUAAUGAAGAUAUCGAGGAAUUAAUAGAUGAAUGCUUCGAAAAUGAUUCCAAAGAGUUAGAAGAGGAGGCACAAAAGCUGGCAAAGCACUGUCCGCAGAAACUUAAAUUGAUUCAUAUUUAUUCGUUGGAGAACAAAACGACCAAAGUCGCUGAGUUUAUUCAGAAUGCCAUAUUCAACACAUAUCAAGAAUACUAUAAGACGAAAGUCAAGCAUGAAGAUCCAAAUACAAAAAAAGCUUUGAAAAUCAAUGCAGUAAAGAAACAACUAAAACUUGUCGAAAAAUGGAAAAGAUGUGACAUUGCGGAGAAAAAUAUCUUUAUAGCCAAGAACCGAAACGAACUCAAGUGGUUACAGACACUUAAUGAAGACAGGAUGAACAUAUUGCAAAAUAAAACCGAAGACGUAAUAAUAGCGAUUCAGAAGGAUUAUAAAGACAUGGCUAAAGAUUUGUCAGAAUCUUAUAAGCAACUCAAGAAUGGCAUAUUACAGUUAAAGGCAGACUACUCCUCGGUUUUAUCGACCGCGUUUGACAAGUUAGCUGAACAUGCCGGCAUUAUGCCUGUUGCUUUUCUAAAAGAUCCAGAAGAUGAUAAGUAUGAAGUUUUAAACGAGAUCGAAACAGCAUUGGCUGAUUUAAAGGCAGACUACUCCUCGGUUUUAUCGACCGCGUUUGACAAGUUAGCUGAACAUGCCGGCAUUAUGCCUGUUGCUUUUCUAAAAGAUCCAGAAGAUGAUAAGUAUGAAGUUUUAAACGAGAUCGAAACAGCAUUGGCUGAUACACUAAAUGAAAAAAAGGUGAACGAAUUACAAACGAAAAUCGAGGAAAUAACGGGAAAGUUUAUCCAAAUGUAUAAUGACAUGAUCAAAAAUUUAGCAGACUCUUUUGAUGAAUUCAAGAAGAGUGUUUUACACUUUGAAUGGGUUCAAAAGGCAAGAUGCUUCUCGGUUUUAUCAAAAUCGUUUUACAAGCUUGUAGAACAUAUGCCUGUUGUAAACAAAGAACUCACAGAUGAGUUCUAUGAGAUAUCAAAAGAGUUUGUUAAUAAGCAGACUUUUAAUGAAAAAAGAAUGAACGAAUUGAAAAAGAAAAUGUCCAAGCAAAGGCGUCAAUGCAUUUCCGAAGAUUUCAUUUUGUAUUAUGAGCAAUUUAAGGAGGAUUUAUUACAGUUCAUGAAAAAACAAAAGGAAAACUAUUACGUGGACGAAAAUAGGGCAAACUACUUCAUGGUCAUAAACAAGGCAAAAUACUUCACGGAUGUGUCAACAUCUUUUACAGCGCUAAUCAGUAGUAUGGAGAUUAAGCCUUCAGAAAAACAAGGAAAAGACUUAAAUAAGAUAUCAAAAGAAUUCGUGGAUGAAUAUGAAAAAGACAAUGUUUCAGAGCUGUUCAAGUCAUCGCUUUUAGCUAACAGAACGGACUUUGUCAUGUUGAUAAUGGAGAAAAUAGAAAGCAUGAGCUCAUUUAUACUCGAUAACUUACCAAAUGUAUUCAGGCUGUGCAUUGAAAGCAAAGAAGAAUUAGCAAUUCAGCUUAUAGAAAAGCAUUGGAAUAAACAACGUGUAAAAGAAGAUACGAGCGACAGCCCAGAUGAAAUACAUGAUGAAUUGACAAAAGAGCUUCGUAGAAAUAAGAGAAAAACAAACAACAGAGUACUCUUAUCUGUUAACAGUUUUAUCAUAGAUUUGUUUGAAGAUCCAGAAUUUAAGUUGUACGAUGUCAAACAUAUCACAGGAAAUAAUGGAAACACAGGAGACAGUGGAGAAAAAGGAAACAAAGGAGACAACGGAGGUCAAGAUCAUGAGGAGAUAGAUCUAAUUUAUAAAGACAAACCUUUCCAUCAUCUUUUUGUUUGGGCGGUUCUGGUAAAUUGGAGAGAAAUGGCUAUGAUAUUUUGGGAACUGGAAACCGACCAUACGUGUUCUGCUCUAUUUGCCAGUGCGGUCCUGAACGAAUUGGCUGACAAAGCAUUAUUUUCUAAACAUAUGCAUCUCAGUGUAUCAUUAAAAGAAAACGCUAGACACUUUGAAACUCUGGCUUGCAAUGUGAUGACAGAAUUGUAUAGCACCGAUAGAGAAAGCGCUCUUAAAACCUUGGUUACAAAGGUUGGUAGAUAUAAUUCUACACCUUUAAAGAUUGCUGUCUCGCAAAAAUUGAACAAGUUUAUGGCACAUACGGCUUGUCAAGCACAGCUCAACAGUAUAUGGAGUGGAGAUGUUGCGGUAUAUACACCAUUAUGGAGGAUUGGUAUGGUGACAUUCUUUCCGAUUUUAUUAAUUCAAAGCAUAGGAUUCAUAACUAUGAAAAGAAAAUACUUGACGUCAAAGCAAAUAAGUCCUUGUCUAGAUCAACUUGCGGACCAAAAUCCAAAAGACAACUCCGAUAACAAGACAGGAUUUUUUCUUCGAAUAUUCAACAUUUUAUACAAUGUAUACCGUUUUUACUGUGCACCAGUAACAAAAUUCUUUGUCUAUAUGAUUGCAUACAUGACAUUUGUGGUGAUCUUUGCGAUAUUUGUUUUGACUGAUUUGUACCCUUUGUCAGAGAGUCCGCCUUCUUUACUUGAAUAUGCUUCUUGGGGGUGGACUUUGUCACUAGCAAUAGAGGAAAUCAGACAGAUACUGCAGACGAACAAGGGCUCACUACUAAAAAAUCUGAAGUAUUGGGCUAAAGAUGUCUGGAAUAUAUUCGACAUUGUUAUGUAUCUCAUGUUCUUGUUGUCUGUUGUGCUACGAUGUUUACUGAGUUCGGACCAGUUUUACUUUGCACGAAUGGCUUAUGCAGUUACUUUAUCAAUGUUUAUUUUGCGUAGCAUGCAUUUCUUUUUCAUCGAAAGAUUUAUUGGACCUAAAGUUGUAAUGAUAGGUAGAAUGUUUGGAGACCUUGGUUUUUUCAUUGCUCUUUAUGCACUGUUCGUAUUCAGUUUUGGAAUCAUGUACCAAGCUGUAUUGUUCCCUAAUUCAGUGUCUUCACCUUGGGAGCUGCUAAAAGAUCUUGUGUAUUUACCAUACUGGCAGUUAUAUGGCGAGCUAAAUAUAGAUCGCAUUGAAGGGAAAGAACCUUCAGAAUGUACGAAGAACCCUCAGUUAUACACGAACGGAACAAUGGCGCGAUGUGCGGUAACCAACCAGUACAAUGCGCUUAUGUUGGCUGUGUAUCUAGUUCUGACAAAUAUUCUCUUAGUCAACAUCCUUAUUGCGAUGUUUUCCCAAACAUUCCAAACAGUACAAGACAAUUCUGAAAUCAUAUGGAAAUUCCACAGAUAUGCAUUGGUAUCUGAGUACUAUGAAAGACCAAUGUUCCCCAUACCAAUAGUAAUACACUUAUGGAGAAUCGUUGUAUUUUGUUAUGACAAACUACGGACUACUAAGAAGUAUGGAGGCGCCUUUGUAUAUGAUGUUAAGCCCGAAGAAAUUGAAAGACUACAUAUUGUUGAAAAAAUUGCAUACGAAACCUUUCAGAACGGACCUUCUUUUGCUCGUAAUAGAUAUGAUGCACGGAACAUGAUGACCGAUGAAAGGGAUAUAAAUAAGGAAAUCGAUUCGACACCUACCCAGCAUGACAUAAAGGAAUUACGAGAAGAAAUGCACCGAAUGAGAGAAUCGUUAACUCAUGACAUACGUCAUUUAGAUUACCGACGAUCAGUUGUAGCCAAUAAUUCAAGGCGAUAGAUUUGAACUAAACAUGAUUGAACAUAACACAACGUGAGAGACUUUUGCUUACCAUAUCAUUGCAACUAAUUAAAUUUGUUUGAAUCUAGAUGACGUGUAAGGUUAUACAAACCUCUUUGAUAAUGAAUCUGAACAAUAGAAGUAACAUUGUAUGAUUUAGAAAAAAAAAAGUUUUUACACAACUUGUAUUUACCGUAGAUUUGUAAACAAUUUCUUGAGUUUUGUGUGUUUAUUUGUUUUAUUUCUAAUGUAUUGUAUUCGCUAUCAUGUGUGUUUAAAAGUCAAGAUGUAACCUGUUCCUUCGGUGAAAUGGGCACAUUACGAUGUGGUAUAAAUGUUAUGAAACUGAUUGAUAAAAAGUAAAACGUAAUGUAUAAUGAAAAAUAAUAACAAAAUCAACAUAUUUAAAAAAAAUAUUUUACUAGCACUUAACUUUACAAAAAAAAAAGAGUUAAAAAGUUCAUUGGAAGUGUACUUCAUGAUAAAUAGAGGUUUAAACAAUGAGAGAGAGACGGGUAAAUUAAAUAUUAAGUUGUUUACUUCUUUGUUCCGUUUUUCUAGUUGAUUUAUUUCACUUCUGUUAUAAUAGUUAGAAAAUAAGUAAGGCAUGUGGAAUUUACGCAAACUUAAGAGAGAUUGCGAAUUAACUAUCAACAAUUUGAUUUUAUAAUAAAGUGUUUAAAAAUUUA